AUGGCUUACCAACCGUUUAUGUUUGAGCCCGAACGUUCCGAACACGAUAGUGAGUCGGACUUCGACAUAGGAUUAUCUUCAGGCGAUGAAUUGGAAGAAAAUGUCGAAAAUAUUGCGCGAUUGGGAAACCGAGAUUUGUGUUUGUGUGGCAACUGCAGACCAAUGGACACGGUAAAAGAAAGUAUCUGUUGUUUAGAAGUAGACCAAAUCGGCGACAAAAUGCAAACCACCAACUUGCAGUGCAUUCUAGAACAUUAUGAUUUCCCGAUUAUAUGUUUGUAUCCAGAAGUGCUCAGGACAGCCCUCGUAGCCAGAGCCGACAUACGACGCGAUGACUACACAGAACCAGUACCAAAUAGAACUUUCAGGCAUCAAGCCUAUCGACAGUUUACCUACUGGAUUCACAACAGACUUGGGUGA